UCCUCGUCCUCCUCCUCCCUCUGCUCUGCUGGACCAAUCACAGCCCAGCAUCAUGGCUGGCCAAUCAGAUCGCCCGUGGGUGAUGUCAUGCAGCAGGCUGCUGUUUGGUGCUGAUGCUGCCGAGCUGCAGAUCUUCAGUCUGAACAGAGAGACCGAGCAUCACUGCAGGGAACAGACUCUACCUCACCACAGUGUCUUUGACAGGAACUGGCAGCAGCAGCAGAAUGACUCUAUCAGCGUACAGAGAGAAGAUGCGAGAGCUCCCUCUGGUGUCUCUCUUCUGUUCCUGCAUCCUCCCUCAACCGAGAGACGCCGUCGCCAACAAGAAUGAAGGCGUGGUGGACUUGAACCUGUGCAACAUCCGAGACAUGGAGGUGAUCGAGCUGAGCAAGCGUGCGAGCGGCCAGGCCUUCGAAGUCAUCCUGAAGCCGCCCACCUUCGACGGCGGCCCCGAGCUGAGGGCGACCACGCCACCUCGCCAGAAACCCUCACUGGAGGAGAUCCAGAAGAAACUGGACGCCGCCCAGGAGAGGAGGAAGUGUCAGGAGGCGGAGCUGCUGAAGCACCUGGCCGAGAGGAGGGAACACGAGCGUGAAGUCGCUCAGAAAGCUCUGACCAAAGAGCGGCAGGAGCACCGAGCCGACGCCGACAAAGAGCAGAGGCAGAUGCACCUGAACGCAUCACAGGAGCGACUGCAGGAGGAGGACAAGCACAGUGUGGAGGUGUCUUGAUGGCCUGAUCACAACACAAGCUGAACUUUAUUUGGAAGCCAUUUUGGAGGGCUGACGAGCUGGUGAGCCGGCGCUGAUCCACCUGGGAGACAGACAGGAAGUGACUCUGAAAAGAGUGAGAGAAGAAGAAAAAGAGGAAGACUGGGUCCGACUGCUUGACCUCCUCUGCAGGACUCCGGGACUUAACGAGACGAACUCUUUAUUACUGAAGGACGCUGCGGAUUUGUUCAUCACUGGAUGGUUCACAGGGGAUUUACUGUGCUUUGUUGCCAUGCCAACAGUGCCAAUGUGUUCAUGUGUGUGUGUGUGAUUGUGUAUGUAUCAACAUCUUCACAGCGUCUUUAUCAAUGUGUACCAACUCAACCCAAAGGAAAUGUUCUUCUUGUUCUUCUUCAUCAAAGUGAUCCGUCACAGAAACACGAGCUGGACUCCAAGAACUGAACCAGAACCAGAAGGUCUGAUCGGUUACAUGUGGCUCUUCAGUGACAUCUAGUGGCAGACAGACAGAGUCCUAAAACAGGUCCAGACCGAGUCACGACCAAGACAACUGGACUUGGUUAAGUCUGUUAUGAGCCCUUCAAACCAAAAGACGUCUGGGUCAAAAGUGAAUUUGACUCAUUAGUGAGACGAGUCAGAGCGCUCAUCAGAGUCAGACACGUGAAAACAA